AUUGUUCCCUGAUUUAGAACCCAAUCUGACCCGUGGAUUUUAACAGGAGAGUUUUUUCCAUUGACUUUAAUGGAAGUUGGCUCAGGCUCUUAUAAGACUUAGCACUUACCUCUCUUUAUCCUUUGAUGUCAAAGUGCUACAAAAAAUUAUCCUUGUUACUCUGCUAACAGUUGCAUUAAAAUCAGCAACAUUGUACUGGAGUGUGAAUUAGGACACUAUUUGGUUUCCCAUGUUGGGGGGUCGGGGGGAGGACGGGGGAGAUAAUGUUACCCAUAUAUGUUCAUGCACAUUCUGUUUGCUUUCCCUCCCUCUCCUUUUCUGUUUAGAUGUGACAGUUGAUAUUCCUGGCCAUGGGAAGGUGGUGAUCGAUAUUGGAUAUGGCGGUGCUUUCUAUGCCUUUCUCAGUGCUGAGAGGUUGGGAUUAGAUGUUUGUUCUUCAAAGACUCAAGAUCUUGUAGAUGCAGCAAGUGCAGUAACAGAAGCAGUAAAGAGACAGUUUAAACUUCAUCACCCUGACAACGAAGAGCUUGCUUUCCUCUAUGGUACUAUAUUAACAGAUGGAAAAGAUGCAUUUAGUGAUGAACCGACAACCAACAUUUGUGUGUUUGCAGAUGCACAGGUCGACAGAAGUCCUACAGGCUCAGGAGUAACUGCGCGCAUUGCUUUACAAUACCUUAAGGGUCUCAUCCAGCUGAACCAGACCAGAACCUUUAGAAGCAGCACAACUGGUUCCUUAUUCACUGGGAAAGCUGUGAAGGAAGCAAAGUGUGGUGACUAUAACGCUGUUGUAGUAGAAGUCUCAGGAGAAGCCUUUUAUACUGGAACAGCAACCUUUGUUGUUGAAGAGGAGGACCCACUGAAAUACGGAUUUUCUCUAAAGUGACCUUUGCCAUCAUUCAAUUGCCAGCUUUUAAAUAGUAACCAAUGUAAAAAAGAUGAUUUUUGUAAUCUGUAGGGGGGAAAUAUAAAUACACCAUACUUACUUAGCUCAUGUUUUCCUAAUAGACUGCUGCAUCUAUGCAUGGUUAAAAACAGAUUCAUUUAAAUAUCAGAGAGUAGAGCUAAAAAGAACUUUCCUGGUAUCAUGAUUACUUGUAUUACAAAUAAAGAUCACAGGCCACAUUAUUCUGUAGUGAUUAGCAUGUGUUAUACAAGUCUGGGUCUGUUUGAAACUGCAUUUACAAUUAUAUUUCAAAUGCUAGAUAGUAAACAAAGCUUAGCUUGAAGGGGCAAUUUCAAAUGUGAAUGUAUCUUGUAAAGACGUUAUGUACUUUAAACUCUGCUUCAGUGCAAGAUUUCUAUUAAAAUGCAGAAUUCUGACCUCA